GCAAAAAAAGGUGAAUUCGAAUGUGACUAUUUUUUGCUUCUUUUUUACUUCACAAUAAUAAUUUUGCUUCUUUCUCUCAUCUGCACUUUAAUUCUUUUUCACACUUCUAUAUUCGCAUUUCCUUUAUUUUUAUUUUUACUUUUUAAAUUUCGAGUCAAAGAUGCCCGCAUACCAUUCAAACUACAAUUCAGUGAACGAUGUGCGCGUAAUUAAUGGAAUUCCGCUGCUGCCGCUGGUGACCAAGACGCGCGGACCAGCACCAUACGCAGAUCCUUCGAUGACUUAUGAUAUUGUUGAUGAGACGAUUGAGCUUUUCCGGCCAAACAGUUUUUUCAAAAACUUUGAAAUCAAGGGUAACGGUGACAGGCUCUUAAUAUACACUAUUUUUUUUAUUUCCCAGUGUCUGAACAAGAUCAAGGCAACGAUGCCGUUGGGCGAAGCGACAAAGGCGCUGUACUCGUUGGCGGUCAGCCAGGUUGUUAUUCCAGCGGAUGCCGGGUUCCCACUGCAUUCCAUGUACCCGGCGGUAGCUGACCGUGCGGAGGCAGAUAUGCUGAGGCAGUAUUUGUUGCAGGUGCGCCAGGAGGUCGCUACGCGGCUGGUUACGGUUGUGUAUGCUGGUGGGCACAAGUGGUGGUUGUGUUUCCAGAAGCGCCAUUUCAUGGGGAAGGUUAUGAAUUAGAUUAGAAUAUAUUGGAUUACGAGUUAAUUGAACAAUAAUAAAUA